AUGAACAUAUUAAUGUUCACGUGGGCCCGGAAUCCUAGCUGGCCUAAGAUUUAUGCCUUCAGCCCGGAGAUUUGGCAGUACCUGAAGGACGUGGCAACCAAAUACAAAUUGGAGAAACAUAUCAAGUUUUCAUAUCGUGUCCAUCAGGCUCGGUGGGAUGAGAAUGAUGACGUCUGGAGACUGUCUAUCACAACUCCAGACGGCAGCAUCAUCACAGACCAAUGCGAUAUCCUUGCCAAUGGCACGGGCGUCCUCAAGUCAGUUGUUUAUUUUGCGGCGAGCUUCAUAGAAGUCAUGCCUACGGCAGUAUGGGACCAGAGUUAG